AUGCAUCCAUCGCUUAUUGAAGUAACUUCCCGAGAGCAAUUAAAGAAAGCGCAGGUGAUCACGUCGCGUUACGUCGAGACCAUCUAUUUUCCAUUCUCCAUUCAAACUCAACUGGAGCAAAGCUUCCCGGAAUCGCCGGUGCGCGUCUUCUGCUAUCCAUGCAUCAACAAUCCGAAAUAUUUCUUCAUGUUCAAGGACAACGUCUACAUUAAGCCAUAUGUCGCCAUUGCGCAGAUCCCAGGAACUCCAUUCGAUCGUCUCGAGCUCAUUGAAUGCAUUCGCGAGUUUAGAACACGUGUAUUCGGCGCCAAGCGUCAAGCUCAUCUUGUGAUUGCCAAGGAACUUCUCAUUAAAAUGUACUCGGUUGUGAUGAGAAUGGAAUCGAGCAACUGGGAAUCGACUGAUCUCAAUUUGUCGUUGUUCUACAUGACGGAGAGCCAGCAAAAGGCGGCGAUGAAAACUCCACUUCCGAAUCUUCCUGCUGGAUAUUAUUACGAUGACAUCGAGCCAACUGAUGAGGCUGAGCUUGUGAACAACACAUGGAAGCAUGCUGGCCCUGGAGAUCUUGAGCAAACGAUGGCCAAACUUGCUCGCUUGCCAUCCACAUGCGUUCGUUUUUCGGGACAGCCGGUGGCAUUCGAGAUGAUCGAUCCGGCCGGUUUUUUCAAUAAUCAAUACGUGUUCGAAGAUCAUCGUCGCAAAGGGCUCGGAAAUGCGGUCGAAAUUGAUCUACUCCAAAAAGCUAUUCAAACGGGAAUCAAACCAUUCAAAACGGUUACUAAGGACAACAAAAUUGUUCUCGCUGCUUCAAUUGCCAGCAAGCUUUGGACUCAGUGGAAGGAUGACGAAGGAAAAUCGAACACUGUUGUCUUCCAAACGUGGACCUAUAACUAA